AUACGUAAUUGCGUUUAACUGCGCGUGCGCUUUAAUCAGCUGAUGUACAUACAACUCAACUUCCUCGGGUUGAAAUAUUAUGGGAGUGUGUGUUUAUUCGGUUAAGACGAAUAUAAUUUCCUGUUCUAACGCACGUGGCAUUUGAGAAAAAAAGAAUCUAUGUCUUGGAUUGUGAAUUCUAUCCGCGUUGCUGUAAGCACGUGGACGCCACAGAUGACUUCGGUACGGUUUCGUUAUCACGCGGACAAGCUAGCGAAAGGUCCCCUGAUACGGCGAUAUGGAUAUGAAGAUCCUAUAGAUAUGAAGGGCCUUCUUCCACGUGAAAGCACUAAGCAAGUAUAUCCAAUGCCGAUUUAUCGGCCAAAGGACGCUUGGUCCGAGAAAAAGGCACUGUUUGGUCAAAACGAUUACAUCGACAUCCUGGGCUCGGGUGCCAUACAUCCCACAAGAAUUUUAUACAAUGUACCCUCAUGGUUGAGGGGUGUCAGUGGCAAUGAGUUUCAGGUCUUACUGAGGAAAAAGAAAAUGUGGGCGAAAGGCGUAUUUCCAAUCGCGAGACCUACCAAGUGGAGACAACUACAUAAGAGAAUAUUUUAUCUCUAUAAAUACUUAAACCGUAAAACUAAACAUAAUUAAACUGUAAAAGAUUUAAGGCCAAUAUUCAUAGUCUAGUCUUAAGACUAUUUUAAUUAAUGUCUUAAGAUGCUAAUACAUGGUUGUGCGAUUGAUUUAUAAUGUAUCUCUGUUCUUAAGAUGAGACUUUAAAUAUAAAAAUGGAUUAUGAUUACUGGCCUAAAUAUCUAUGUAACAAAGUUUGUACGUAACUAAAAAUCUGUACAAAACGUCAUUAAAUGCUAAUUAAAUUCUCAAAUACAACC